AUGGCAAACGAUACAAUGAAAGCCGAUCUAAGUCGUUUACGAACGUACAUUCAACAUGGAAAAAUCAAAAAAAUCAAUGGUCUUCUGAAUAAUCAAGCAAAACGCAUAAAUUAUUGUCUCGAACAGCAAUUUGAUGCUUGUGCUUAUGCUACGAAAUUUAAACAAGAAAAAAUUCUUCGUCAAGUCCAUGAUUACGGAUUUCCAAUAGAUGGUUAUCCAAAUACGGAUUCUAUAACUGCUCUAAUCAUUGCCAUUCGUCGUAGUGAUCUCGCAUUUAUUCAAAUUCUCAUUGAAUUAGGUUGUGAUGUGAACUGCUCCGUCCGUUCGUAUACAAUCAUUCCAUUGCUCGAAGCCUAUCAGAUUUGUAAAGAUAAGCAGGAUAAUCUUUCUUUAUUUGAAACUAGAAAAGACAUAUUUCAAUAUCUAUUACAAUCCGUGAUUGAUGGUGAAUUUGAUUUUUUACAGCGAUUGUUAAAUCACGGGGCUCAUGCGAAUGUAAUAACAGCAACGCAUCGAAAAAAUUUACUCCAUUUAAUUUGUGAUCGAACAGUUGACCAUCCGACAGAACACCUGUUAGAAUUAAUGCAACAAAUCAUUCGACUUGGCUGUGAUGUAAAUUAUCGAGAUGAUUGUUUUGAAACGCCGUUGAUGUGUACUUUACACCGUGGUGGAAACAUAACACUCGCACAUGAACUUAUCGUUGAAGGGACUCGUCUGGAUUGGAAGAACAAUUUUGGUAAUACUUACUUAACACGAGCUGUUCACUACGCUUUAUAUGAUCAUGCUCGAAUGGCGCUCUAUGCUGGUGCUGCCUGCCGUCCACUUCAAUGUGCGUUUCCUUAUAUUAAUCGAAAGUAUCAACAUGAUCAAUCGACCCAUGAAACGAACCUCAUGGAUGCAAUUAUCGAUUACGAGAAAUUUAUGAGUGAAAUGGAACGAUAUCUGGUGAAACCAAGACAAUUGAAAGAUAUUGCGCGAUUAGCAAUACGAAAGACACUUCCAUGUCCAUUGAGUAAAUCUAUCGCGACACUCGAAAAUUAUUUACCUUGUUCACUAAUUCAGUAUUUAUUGUUAAAAGAAAUGAAAACCGUGCUGAAUCUUCUAUUUUGA